ACAGUUACAUUAUUAUAUUUAAUUUCCGUACCUAAGUUUAAUCAUGAUGAUACUCGUGUUUUAAUGUUCAAUACUUCAAGAGUCUCGUUUUACGCUUGAAGUUACGUAUUAUACGAUUAUUACAUUUGUCCAUUAGACAUAAUCAUUCUGUGAAUAGGUUAGCAUCCUAUUAGUUCUUCUUCCAAUUUUAAGCUCGUGUCAACACCCUAAAGUGUAAAAAAUUGUUGACCGUACUUAUUCAAAUAAUUUUUUCAAAAAUGGUUAAGGCAGUUUGUGUUUUGAAUGGCGAAAAUGUUAAGGGCACCAUUUUUUUUUCACAAAAUGAUGAUAAAGCUCCUGUUGAAGUAACUGGUGAAAUAACUGGUUUAUCAAAAGGCCUUCAUGGAUUUCAUAUCCAUGAAUAUGGUGACAACACUAAUGGGUGCAUGAGUUCAGGUCCACAUUUUAAUCCUUUUGGAAAAACUCAUGGAGCUCCUACUGAUGAAGUAAGACAUGUUGGUGACUUGGGUAAUAUUGAAUCUGCUGGUUCAUCAGUAACAACAGUUAAUAUCAGUGAUUCAGUGAUUUCGCUCACAGGACCUCUCAGCAUUAUAGGUCGUACUUUAGUGGUACAUGCUGACCAAGAUGAUUUAGGCAAAGGAGGUCAUGAAUUAAGUGCAUCUACAGGAAAUGCUGGAGCCAGAAUUGCUUGUGGGGUUAUUGGGAUUACAAAAUAAAUCAUAUAAUUUUAGAAUAUUAUAUUAAAUGUAUUUGAUAGGUGGCAAAAAUCAUAUUAUAUUUAAAUUAAAAAAUCGAGGAAAUUAUAUAUUAAUAAUUGUAGAGAAUUUUGUUUCAACAUA